AUGAGUACCUUCCUACAGAUCAAUCUCAACUGCUGCAAGGCAGCUCAAGCGCUGGCGUUACAGCAGGCUGCAGAGUCCAACGUCGAUCUCCUCAUCGUCAGCGAGCCCUGCCCAACGAAGGUCGACGCAUGGUACUACGACGCUCACGGUAAAGCGGCUAUAGCAUGCCUCCGUGGUCUCCCAGUGGACAUAGUCGGCCCUACUGAAACAGGGUUCACGUGGAUCCAGGCUGGUACCCUCCGCAUCUAUUCUUGUUAUUGGUCCCCCAGGUCUGACCCCAACCUCGCCCAAUACUCUGCGUUUCUCAGCAACCUUGAGCACAGCAUUAGAAGUCACAGCGGAGACUCUCUUAUUUGUGGAGACUUCAACGCGCACCAUUCCGCCUGGGGCAGCUGCUCCAAUAACAAGAAAGGUGAUGCACUGAUGGACCUCAUCCAGUCCCUAGGCCUCAUUAUAUGCAACACUGGCACGACCCCCACUUUCCAGAGGGCGUCUGGCUCCUCGGUGAUCGACAUCACUCUGGCCUCCCCCCGUGUGGCUUCCAGAAUAUCUAAUUGGUCUGUCUUAGACACGGUGACCUUAAGCGAUCACAGCUACAUCCAGUUCACUCUCUUGUCCGCGCCCAUUAAGCCAGUCAACGCGACAUACUCUCGGAGACUCCACGCACCCGCUCUGGCGUCCUUUCUCUCGACCGGUCAACUACUACACUUCAGCAACAGUACUGACGUGGAUGAAAUGGCUAUCAAUCUGAACUCGGCGCUCUACGCCGUUUGUGGCCUACCCUUGGCAGACAAUAAAGGUAAAAGGAGGAGCGUACACUGGUGGUCCCCGAGCCUAAGCGCGUUGCGCAAGACCGCAAACCAUCUGCGUCGUGUUUUCCAGCGCAAGCGCCGACGCCUUGGUGCUGCCGCCUGCACUGAUGAAGAGCUUGCUGCAAAAUCCGCGAAACUGGCCCUCGUUAAAGCAAUCAGAAACGCCAAAGAUCAAGCCUGGAGACAACUAUGUGACGACGUCGAACGGGACCCAUGGGGAAAGCCCUACAAGAUUGCUCCCAGCUAUAAUCCAGCACCUCUUUCCGUCACAUCAGAUUAA